AUGGACGCCCUUAUUCCUCAAAUCGAAGCACUGGCGCGCGACGCCGACGAACACGGCCGCAAGCAGCUGAUCGAUAAACUCCACGACCUGGCUAGAUCAUUGGAACGUCCUCAAGACCACGCACAGCGAUUGUUGUUCUCACAAUUUCCUCUGGCCGCCGUCCGUAUCGGCUGUGAUCUUAAAGUCUUCGAUGUACUCACCAAAACUGGCAAACCGACGUCUGUUGAUGAGCUUGCAAGCAGUACAGGCGUUCAGCCAAAGCUUAUGGCUCGUCUACUUCGCUACAUGGCCUCUGUACGCCUCGUCGAAGAAGUCGACACCAAGACCUUUGCUGCCAACAGCAUCACCAAGACCUUCGCCAUUCCAGGAUUCGCAGGCGGUGUUUACCACAUGUGCGAUUACGUAGGACCAGGCCUCAAGGCUUUGCCUGACUUCCUCAAGCGAACUGGCUACAAGGAUCCAGAAUCAGCAAUGGACACCGCACUCAUGGCUGGUUGGGGCUCUGAUCUACCACUGUUCGCUCAUUUCCAGACUCAGCCGAAAUUGUUCGAGGCUUUCAAUGCAUACAUGACCGUGCAACAUAUGGACAUGCCAAUCUGGCUAGAUGCGUAUCCUUACCAAAAAGCCGCGAAGAAUACACCAUCAGGCAAACCCUUAUUUGUCGACGUAGGCGGAGGUUUCGGACAUCAAAGCAUUGCACUCAGGGAAAAGGUGCCUGACGCACCUGGUCGCAUCAUCGUGCAAGACAUCCCUGCUACUCUGCAACAUGCUAUCAGCCACCCUGGAGUUGAAGCAAUGGAGCAAGACUUCUUCCAACCCCAGCAAAUCCGUGAAGCCGCCAUCUAUUACAUGCGCCAUAUCAUCCACGACUACCCCGAUGAGAAGGCCAUUCAAGUUUUGAGAAACACAAAAGAUGCUCUUGGUCCUCAUAGCGUCAUUCUCAUCGAUGACAUGUUCUUGGAGAACAAUGAUGUUCAUUGGCAAGCUGCACAGGUUGAUUGGACCAUGAUGAUAUGCUGUGCAAGCCGUGAGCGCACUCGAGAGGAAUGGGCCGACCUUAUCUCGAAAGCAGGCCUGAAAAUCUCGAACGUCUAUACGUACACGGAAAGUCUGAGGGAUAGUAUCAUUGAAUGUGUUCCAGUUGAGAGGUCUUUCCAAGGCAGUAUAUAG